AUGACUAUUUAUUGUAUAUACUCUCUUAUUGUCCAUACUAUAAAGAAAAGCUACAAAGAGGAGAAAAAAAAGUCUGAAAAGGAGUUCUUCCACAGCCUUACAGAUCCCUCACUUACCAUGAUGGAAGACUGGUUGAAGAUUCGAGGCACCUUUAGGAUGUGGUCGAAACUCUGGUGUGAUCUGAAACCCGGGAUGCUCCUUAUUCAUAAAAGCCCAAAGAAGGCUGAGUGGGUUGGCACAGUGCUACUGAAUGUCUGUGAAUUUCUAGAACGACCAUUAGAGAAAGAUGGCUUCUGUUUUAAACUCUUUCAUCCUUUUAAACAGUCCAUCUGGGCAGUUAAGGGUCCUAAAGGACAAAUAUUUGGCUGUAUAACAACACAGCCAUUGCCUAGAAAUCAUCUAAUCAUUCGUACAGUACCAGAAUGUUACUGUUUUACCUACAUUCCCAGGGUCAAAGCCAACAUGGUUGAUUUAUCGGUGGAUGUUAAAAUGUUUUUGAGACAAAAGAACUUUGAGAUACUUUUUAAUGGUUUAGGCAAAAGAGAGAGUACUAGUAUUUUAAAGAAAAAGAGUACUUUUAACCCACCGUUACAUCCACAGCUCAAAAAUUUUGAAAAUGUUUUACAGACGCGUCUUAGAGAUGACCUUAAAUUUAAUAAAGUACCCCCCAAUCUCACAAAGGAUGAAUUCAACAUCCUUGAUUCUUGUAGAACAGACAAGAAUCUCAGAGUCAUGAAGCCUGAUAAAGGAGGAGGGGUGAUUCUGAUGGACCAAAUAGACUAUGAAGUCAAAAUGCUAAACAUGUUGAAUGAUGAAAAUACAUAUGAAAGAGUGUCCUUGAAUGAGUUUAUCAUUGCGGAAAGAAAAGUUUCAAUAUGUCUUAACAACUUAAUUCUUGAGGGGCUUAUUGACUUAGAAACUUACAACUACCUACAUGUUGAGAAAUCAAAAAUUCCUUCUAUUUUUGGUAUACCCAAGGUCCACAAGAACCAUUUGGACACACCUCUUAGACACAUUGUUACAGCAGAGGGCUCUUUGACAGCCCCCCUAGCCAAAUAUAUUGGCUUCCAUUUGAAGCCAUUUAUAUUGGAAGAUUUCAACAUUUUAAAAGACUCUGAUAAUGAAAUUGAAGAGAAAAACUUCAAGAACCAGAAGUUACAUUCUGAUACAUCUGACAAGGAAAGUGAACUUGGCUGUGAAAAGACGUAUGAUGGUAAUUGUAGGAAAAGUGGCUCUGACAUCUCUGAAAGACAACAUGAAUCCGACAACAUUGGUCUGGGUGAGAGUGGAUGUGACUCCCUUGAAAGACAAGAUGAAUUAGGCAAUGAUGUUCUUGAAAAAAGUGGUAGGGAUUUCUAUGAAAAACAAGAGCAUUCCUAUGUGGAACCAGUGGCAAGCAACUUCAUAAAGGAAAGUACUUAUGUAGAAGAAGUGAGAAAGUGUGUUAAAGCAGAUGACACCAAAGCUUCCUCUGAGAACAUUAGGAGUGUGAUGUGGUCACUUUUAAAGCAAGCCCAUGCUGGGAUUGACUUGGGCAAGAUUUCCCUUCCCACAUCCCUCCUGGAACCUCGUUCACUCUUGGACACAAUGUCUGACUACUGCUAUCAUAUGGACAUUCUUUCAGUGGCUGCAGCUGAAGACAAUGCAUACAGUCGUUUCAAAAAUGUGGUGAAGUGGUACUUGUCUGGAUUCUACCAAAGGGCGGAGGGACUGAAAAAAACAAAGAAGCCAUACAGUCCAGCACUUGGUGAAACUUUCAGAUGCAUGUGGGUCCACCCAGAAACCAAAAGCAGGACUUUCUAUAUAGCAGAACAGGUAUCCCAGCAUCCCUCAGUCUCUGCAUUCUACGUGAGUAACCGAAAAGAUGGCUUUUGUUUCAGUGGCAGCUUACUGGUCAAAACCAAUUUUUGUGGUAAUUCUUUCAUUAGUGUGUUGGAAGGCAGUAGUAAACUUAUCUUCUUAAAACACAAAGAAGACUACACCAUGACCCAACCACAAGUUCAUACUAAAGGUAUUUUAUCUGGCACACUGAUGUCAGAACUUGGUGGGACGGUAUCAGUGAAAUGUGAGACAAAUAGUUACAGUGCAGAGAUUGACUUCCGACUAAAGCCAUUCUUUGGAGGAAGUCUCAAUCAAGUAUUUGGGAAACUGAAAAAGAAAAAUGAAGUCUUGUCAGCAUUGGAAGGUCACUGGGAUGGUGAGGUAACUAUUCAAGACAAAAAGAACGGUAUUGCUGAAACUUUAUGGAAUCCAUUACCAGAAGUAAGACAACACAGGCUUACAAGGUAUACAAUACAGCCUGGUGAACUAGGAGAAUUUGAAUCACAAAGAUACUGGAAAGAAGUGACUGAAGCUAUUCUCAACAAAGAUGAUAUAAAAGCUGCCAAUGAGAAGUGUAUUUUGGUCGAAGCACAGAAGAAGGCUGCCAGAGAGAGGGCAGCUCAAAAUGAAGAAUGGGUCUGCAAACUUUUUGAGCAGGAUCUGAUCACUAAAGAGUGGCACUAUAAGUAUGCUGAUUUCAGGCCCUGGGAUCCAAUCCAUGAUCUGAUGCAGUUUGAGAAAGAUGGUAUUAUCCAGACUAGAGUGAAACAUCAGACUCAAAAGGACUCUGUUCAAAAUAUUAAGAAGAAUCAUGGUGACCAGCCAAAGGAUGUGAAGAGUGACUGCUCAUCUGCAGAACCCAGGUUUGAAGAUUCUUCCAGGAGUGAAUGUGAGUUGUAUUCAUGUCCUUUAGGAGAAGCAGUCUUAUAUUCUGUCCUUUUUUUCCCCAAAUACCUUUUAUUAAGAAUUUUCUUACAGAAUUUGAUAUAUGAAACAACUUGA